AUGCGAAAAGAUGAUAGCAAAAUUGAUCCAUCAGAUGGCAGACAACCUGGGCCGCAACAUUCUGUUUCGUCUGGUGGCAAGAAUGGAAUUAAGAAGAGUGGACGUCCCUGCCUUUCUGAUGUGGCUGCGAAAGGCCCUAACGCAACGAGGCGCGGCGGACCACGACGGCCCAAAGCACCCAUCAAAGUAGCCAAGGCUACGAAACGCGGUAGGCUUCGAUUCCACGACAGGGCGAGAAAAUUGGAGAAGCAUUCAUUGGAAACGCAGUGUGAUCUGAAUGCAAGCAGAAAAAGAGCUGGUCGAGAACCGGCACCUGAACUGAUUGCAGUUGAUGAAAGGCCUAAAAAAAGUGGAUGUUGCAGAAGAGUCAGUUCGUCGAAGAGCCUUGAGAAGGGAUCUAAUUUUGAGCAUGGACGGUGUCGACAGCAAAAGGCCGCCUCACCUAAAUGUAGUGUCCGGGGCCGUGCUCGCAGAUGCGCCCAACUCAAAGGGCAUUCAUCGACGAAACCGACUCCUUCCAGAAAACCCCAUGUGGAUAAAGAGCGAAAAUUGGCAGAAAAGAUGGCAGCUAAGGAAGCAAAAGCGAAGGAGCGCGAAACGAAGAAUGCAAUGCGAUUGGAGAAACGCAAGCAGAAGUUGGAAGAGCUAGAACGACGAAAAAAGGAGCGACUAAUGAAAAAAGAAAUAAAAGAGAAAUUAUUGCAGCAAAAGAGGGAGAGACGUGACCAGGAAAAAAGGAAAAGGCUCGAGAAAGAGCUACAGUUCAUGUGUAAAAAAAGAAAGCUCGACAGCUACUUGGUGAGCUGCUUUUGCCUCGCUUUUCCUAUAAUGUCAACACAGUGUCUCAAUCGCAUUCACACUUUGCCAUCCGAUGCAAGCGACGUGGUUGUUCUAAUCGCCCCAUCAAAAUCAGACCUUAAUCAAUAA